AUGGUCUAUGAGUUUAAGCAGGAAGUGAAGAAGCUUAAGCUGGGGCUUUCUGGUUCAGUUGAGAAUCCAUGUUGGGAGGGUCUUGGUAUUGAGCCAUUUGUCUUCAUCAAACAGGAUAUCUUACACGGAAUACACAAAUUCAUAUGGGACCACCCAGGCAAAUGGAUGGAGAACUUAGUGAAGCUGAACUUGACCAGCGAUUUAUUGCACAACCACCACUUCACUAUCGCCGCUUUACUGGGGGAAUCUCAAAAAUCUCCCAGGCUUCUGGACAAGAACAUCGCACAUACCAAAAGUCCAUCUUGCCUGUGA